AUGACCGCCACUAUCAAGCUGUAUACCAACCACGGCUGCCCUUGGGCCCACCGUGCUCAUAUUGCAUUGGCCGAGCUGAAACUCCCAUUUGAAGAGGAAAUCAUUGACUUGAGCGUUCCUCGUACGGCAGAGUACUUGGACGUGAAUCCUCGAGGCCUCGUUCCUAGUCUGUCAUACAACGGCCAGAUAAUUACAGAGUCUGCCAUUGUCGCUCAGUUUCUGGCGGAUGCCUAUCCAUCACACCUGAUCCCGAACGGAGGCACCCCUGAGGCGGCUCUUGCCCGCGCCAGGAUAUACUUCUUUGUCGAUACAUUUUUCAGCAAGGCAAAUGGCCACUAUCACAAAGCGCUUUUUGCCAAGACGGAGGGGGAGGCCGAAGAGGCCUCAGGAGAGUUUGUGAAGCAACUUGAGAAGGAGGUUGAGCCGCUGUUGAGUGAUGCGGCCCCAUUCUUUGGAGGAAGUAAGACAUUGACGCAAGCUGAGGUGCUCACCGGGCCUUUCGUUCUGCGAUUGCUGUCUCUGCCAAAGAAUGGCGUUGGGCCAGAGAGUUUGAUCAAAGACCUGCCUACCAGAACCCCCAACUUUUAUAAAUGGACCACUGCAGUGAUAGAGCACCCUAGUGUGAAUGGAAUCUGGAACGAGGAAAAGGUUGUAGCAGGCACCAAGGCUCGUCUCGCAAAGUUGAAGGCAUAG